AUGGGUGAGAAAAGCAACAGCGGCGACGCGAUUAACUCCACUCUGCUCCACGGGAAGUACGAGCUGGGGCGGCUACUGGGGCACGGGACGUUCGCCAAGGUCUACCAUGCGCGGAACCUGAAGAGCGGGAAGAGCGUGGCGAUGAAGGUGGUGGGGAAGGAGAAAGUGAUGAAGGUGGGGAUGAUGGAGCAGACCAAGAGGGAGAUCUCGGCCAUGAACAUGGUGAAGCACCCCAACAUCGUGCAACUCCACGAGGUCAUGGCCAGCAAGUCCAAGAUCUACAUCGCCAUGGAGCUCGUGCGCGGCGGCGAGCUCUUCAACAAGAUCGCCCGCGGCCGUCUCAGGGAGGAGACGGCGCGCCUUUACUUUCAGCAGCUUGUCUCCGCGAUUGACUUCUGCCACAGCCGCGGCGUCUACCACCGCGACCUCAAGCCGGAGAACCUCCUCCUAGACGAGGACGGCAGCCUCAAGGUCACCGACUUCGGCCUCAGCACCUUCUCCGAGCACCUCCGCCAGGACGGCCUGCUUCACACCACGUGCGGCACGCCGGCCUACGUGGCGCCGGAAGUCAUCGGGAAAAAGGCUACGACGGCGCCAAGGCUGACAUCUGGUCUUGCGGAUGACAACUUGGUCGCCUUGUAUAAGAAAAUCUACCGCGGUGACUUCAAGUGUCCGCCGUGGUUUUCAUCCGAGGCGCGCCGACUCAUAACGAAGCUCCUCGACCCGAACCCGAAUACCAGAAUAACGAUUUCCAAGAUCAUGGACACGUCCUGGUUUAAGAAACCGGUUCCGAAGAACAUGAUGGGAGUGAAGAGAGAGGAGAUGGAUUUGGAGGAGAAGAUUAAGCAGCAGGAAGAGUGUAAGUCCACAACGAUGAAUGCUUUUCAUAUAAUUUCGCUUUCGGAGGGGUUCAAUCUGUCGCCGUUGUUCGAGGAGAAGAAGAAGGAGGAGAAGGAGAUCCGAUUCGCAACCACGCGCCCCGCGAGUAGCGUGAUUUCGCGGCUGGAGGAGGUGGCGAAGGCGGUGAAGUUUGACGUGAAGAAGAGUGAGACGAAAGUGAGGUUGCAGGGUCAAGAGCGGGGACGGAAAGGGAAGCUAGCAAUUGCUGCGGAUUUAUACGCCGUAACGCCGUCGUUUUUGGUUGUGGAGGUUAAGAAGGACAACGGUGACACCUUGGAGUACAACCAAUUCUGCAGCAACGAACUUCGUCCCGCGCUUAAAGACAUCGUGUGGAGGACUUCCCCUCCUGAAAAUCGGACGCCUGCUUGA